CAGAAUUACAUGCACACCUUUGAAAUUAUGGAGAGAGGACUGUGAAUAGACCAAAGCCACUUCUUCUCCGUCAGCAUCUGAGUUCAUGCAACUCCAAGGACUACAGCAUGAAGACGGAGGGGAGAAAUAUUGUGGAUCUGCUAUUGAAGGGGGAGUUGGAAGCAGUGACACGAGGACUGGAGAAUGGACUUUACUCCUGGGAAGAGCUGGACCAGCCUCACAAUGCCCAGGGCUCCACUCCUCUUAUCAGUGCCUGUCAGAUGGGCCUUGACAUGGUCAUGCAUUUCCUUUUGGAAAGAGGAGCAGAUGCAACACUGUGCAACUACAGCAAUCAGACAGCGCUACAUGUCAGUCAGCCUGACCUACAGAAGGAGCUGUUGGCUGCCAUGUUGAGACCUUUAGCCUACCGUGCUCAGUUCUUAGAGGUUGCCUGGAGAGGGGAUAUUCACGCCCUACAGCACCUGCUGUUUGAGAAAGAUUCGGUGGACGUGAACAUCCAGAACCAGAAUGGGCUGACCCCACUGAUGCUGGCAGUGAGGGAUGUGGAUCUGUUUGAGGGGUUUAAGAGCAUCAUGGGAUGGGACUAUGAUCCUACCAAAGUAGUGAAGACGCUGCUGGCUCAGUCUGCAAACAUGGACAUCCAAGACCAAAAGAGCUACACCGUUCUUACCUAUGUCUCUCAGAUCAAGAGCUCAGUGAAAGAUCAGCUGCUCCAGAUCAUUUUGGAGCAUCAAACUCAGUCAGUGCGUACACAUCUGGGACCAGAGUUUCAUUUUCCUGCAGAACAUUCCUACAGCCUCUCUUCUCCACACAUGUUCUCGACUUCGGCCAACGAGAGAGAUGUAAAGGAACCAUAUGCAUAUAUUGCUGUCCAAGAAGACCACGAAAACUUCCACCAAGAUAAGAUCAUUGCCUUGUGCUUGCAAAGUGCCAUGGAGCCCAAGAUGAACAGCAAGGAAACUGGGUGAGCCAGCUGAGCACAUAGGCACUAACAUAAUUAGCAUUCAAAUAAUCAAAAUUAGCCAUCUGGUGGUGAACAAACAAUUACACAGUAGGACAAAUAGCAUUUAAAGAGCUGCACCUGUGCGCACAGACCCAAUAUAUGCUUUGGGGGGCGGGGGAGCCUUCUUGUCCCAUGCAGAUUCAAGUGUCUUGGUCUGACUUUUACACAAAGACUGUACAGAGGAAUACUGUUACAGGUUCAAUCAGCUGUCAGCGUAAGACCAUGGUUCCAGGUCAUCCCAUUAUCCCAGAACAAGGAGGGAGGACAGAGAAAUAGUGUUAUGCAUUUUCAAAGUGUCUUUGAUUUAGAAUACAAUGCAAAAUGUCCCGUUUUCCCUAGGUGGACAACAUUACCGAGCCUGAGGGACAGGAAUAAAUGUUGGACCAAAUUUGGCA